AAAAAAAUAAGAUUAUUUCAAAUUGUAUUUUAGGGAAAUAAAAUCCUUUCCAUGUAGAGCAUCAUCCCACGAAUAAUUUAUUCGAACCGCAAUGAACUGUCUGCUUGAAAACCGAAUGUAACCGAAGCCCGACACCAUAACCACAUGCUCUUCUUGUGGGGGGACCCACUGGCUUUUGAGGUUGAAGUAGGAUAAAGCACAGACAGCCAGACAGCCACGCGAUUCGCCUUGGCUUUGGUGGCAGACCGAAAGCAAUGGCUACUUCUGCACUCAUUUCCUCAUCAUUUCUUCUUCCCACUAACCGCUUAACAAUUCAACGCCAAAACCAGCAUCAUCACACGACUAGCUUCAGGAACCGAGCACCCUUCAAGGUCCAAGCUGCCAAGCUUCCUGCUGGGGUCGAAGUGCCAAAAGUAGAGCCUAAGUUCAAUGCACCUUUUCUUGGAUUUACAAGGACAGCUGAAAUAUGGAAUUCCAGGGCCUGCAUGAUUGGCUUAAUUGGUAUUUUCAUUGUAGAACUGAUACUAAACAAGGGAAUUCUUCAGACUAUUGGGGUAGAUGUUGGUAAAGGUCUUGAUCUUCCUCUAUAA